AGAAGCGUAUGAAAGAAAAACGUGAGCGCUGCUGGGUGGUGAGAGCGUGCGAGAGAGCGCGACCAUGAAGGAGAAAAUAAUAUCGUGGCAAAAGCAAGCGGCGGUGAAAAAUUCGAAUCAAAACCAAAACCAACGCCGCCCAACGCAAAACGCAAACGGUUGUGCACGCGUCGUCGUUGUCGUACAGAAAAGAGAGUCCAAUAAUUUGAUUCAUGCGGGCGCCAAAUUAAUACGACAAAGUAACUAACAUACAAGCGAAAUUCUUAAAACGCAGUUCAAAAGCGCUUCUUAGGAGUGUGUGAGUUUGUCUUUCCCUCUGUCCAGGACUGAGAACAAAAUCAUAGGGAAAUACCUCAUCAACAACAACAAAAAACAACAGCAACAACAACAGUAACAACAGUAACAUCACGCGAAGGAAACGUGACGUCAUUUCUCUGUUGUUCCAUCCAUUCGUCGUGUGCCCUUAUACACAGAAGCCAGGCUUUGCCAUCAACAUAAAAGCAACAAUCAGAGAGAGAGAGAGAGAGAGCGAAAAAGUCACCCUUUGUGUGUGUGUGUGUGAGUGUGUGCGGUGUAACUUUGUGUGUCCGCACUCUUCGCCCAAUAACCCAGCCCACCUGCAGUUCUGGGCAGCCCCACCACUAAUCCCGAAGAUCGGACAAACAGAAAAACCAAGAGAAAGCACACGACGAGAUGUUCAUCGAAGAUGAUGCGCAAAUGGACAGCUUCUGGGUGCAGAGCGCAAUUGGGGCGAUCAAGGCGAUCGCGUUCGUGUACGACAUCAUAACCCUGCCGGUCUACCUGGUCCUGCAGAAGCCAUGGCAGCGACGACAGGACUCGCGCCGAGUGAAGGCCAAGCCCAUUAACCAGAAACAGAAAAUGUUGGUCGAUGAGUCCAAGUACGCGCCGGAUGACAUUGAGGCCAAGAUCAUCAAGAAAGAUGAAAGCGAGCUGACAUACCGGACCACGGACCCGCCACGCGAUGUGCACGUGAAGAUGCUGCAGGAGAACAUCGAUACGCUGGAGAAGGUCUUCAACUAUGUGGCCAAGACGCACUCGAACAAGCGCUGUCUGGGCACGCGCCAGAUCCUCAGCGAGGAGGACGAGGUGCAGCCGAACGGACGUGUCUUCAAGAAAUACAACAUGGGCGACUACAAGUGGAGGACCUUCACCGAGGCGGAACGGCAGGCGGCCAACUUUGGCCGCGGCCUGCGAGAGCUCGGCCAGAAGCCGCGUGAGAACAUUGUCAUCUUCGCCGAGACCCGGGCCGAGUGGAUGGUGGCCGCCCAUGGCUGCUUCAAGCAAGCCAUGCCCAUUGUCACCGUCUACGCCACCCUGGGAGACGAUGGCGUGGCCCACUGCAUCAGCGAGACGGAAGUCACCACGGUCAUCACCUCGCACGACUUGCUGCCCAAGUUCAAGACCCUGCUGGCCCAGUGCCCCAAUGUGGACACCAUUAUCUACAUGGAGGACCAGCUGCACAAAACGGAAACCACUGGCUUCAAGGAGGGCGUCAAGGUCUUGCCGUUCAACCAGGUGGUCAAAAUAGGACAGGACAGCAAAUUCGAGAGCGUGCCACCCAAGAGCGAUGAUAUUGCCAUUAUUAUGUACACAUCCGGCUCGACUGGCACACCCAAGGGUGUCUUGCUGUCGCACAAGAACUGCAUUGCCACGAUGAAGGGCUUCGUCGAUAUGGUGCCCAUCUAUCCGGAUGAUGUGCUGAUUGGCUUCCUGCCGCUGGCUCACGUCUUCGAACUGGUGGCGGAGAGUCUCUGCCUGAUGACUGGCGUUUCCAUUGGCUACUCGACGCCGCUGACCCUCAUCGAUACGAGCAGCAAGAUCAGGCGGGGCUGCAAGGGCGACGCCAGCGUCCUGAAGCCCACGUGCAUGACGUCGGUGCCACUGAUCCUCGAUCGCAUCUCCAAGGGCAUCAACGACAAGGUCAACUCCGGAUCGGCCUUCAGGAAAGCCCUCUUCAAAUUCCUCUAUCAGUACAAAGUCAAGUGGAUACAGCGAGGCUACAAGACGCCCCUCAUUGACAAAUUGGUCUUCAAGAAGGUGGCUAAACUGAUGGGGGGCAAGGUGCGCAUCAUUAUGUCGGGCGGAGCGCCGCUCUCGGCGGACACACAUGAACAGAUCAAGACCUGCCUGUGCGUCGACUUGAUUCAGGGCUAUGGAUUGACAGAGACCACAUCGGGAGCCACAGUGAUGCACGAGAGAGACAUGACCUAUGGACGCACUGGUGGACCAUUGACCGUCUGCGACAUUCGUCUGGUCAAUUGGGAGGAGGGAAACUAUCGCGUCACCAACAAGCCAUAUCCGCAGGGCGAGGUGCUCAUUGGUGGCGACUGUGUCUCCCAGGGUUACUACAAGCUGCCCAGCAAGACCAACGAGGAUUUCUUCGAGGAGGAUGGCAAACGCUGGUUCAAAACCGGCGACAUUGGCGAGGUGCAAACCGAUGGCGUACUUAAGAUAAUUGAUCGCAAGAAGGAUCUGGUUAAGCUGCAGGCCGGCGAAUACGUUUCUCUUGGCAAGGUCGAAUCGGAGCUAAAGACAUGCGGCAUCGUGGAGAAUAUCUGCGUUUAUGGCGAUCCCACAAAGCAGUUUACCGUGGCGCUGGUUGUGCCCAAUCAGAAACAUCUGGAGGAUCUGGCCGAGCGUCACGGCCUGCAGAACAAAACCUAUGAGGAGCUGUGCUCGUCGCCAGUCAUGGAGAAGGCCAUACUCAAGGAGAUUGCCGAUCAUUCACGGAAAUGCAAAUUGCAAAAGUUCGAGGUGCCCGCCGCCAUUACGCUGUGCAAGGAGGUCUGGUCACCGGACAUGGGCCUGGUGACGGCUGCCUUUAAGCUCAAGCGCAAGGACAUUCAGGAUAGAUAUCAACAUGAUAUUAACCGCAUGUAUGCCUCAUGAAAGUCAAUGUACUAAACACCAACCAGCCGCAACAGCAACAGCAACGACAACAACAACCAGCAUUACGAUAACUUGAGUUGAGGAGCAACGAGUUGCGACGAGACCCAGUGUGUACUGCCUGGCAGCCCAGUACCACUCCCACGCAGAGAGACACCAGCGACACAACGAUAAGCACGCAUAACCAAAUCCGAAAACCAAAUUAGCUUAAGGACCAAAAGAGCUAGGAGCCAAACCAGACACGCGACACGAGACGAGACAAGUUCAGACAAGCGCAUGUAUAGAGAGUUCUCGUUUAUAUGUAUAUCGAUUGUGUUUCCUUUGAUUUGCCAGAGUUCUUUUGUUGCGAAUUAUACUGUUCUUAGCCCAUAAUAAAUUGAGUUCUUGGAAGCCGA